GGGGGCCAAAAUAGGAACUAAAUAACACACACCAAAAGUUCUUUCUUCUCCUUGUAUAUGCCGAGCAGAUUAAGGGACUCUACCAGAAAUUGGAGACUGUAAUGUCACGUGUUAAUGUUCUUGUUAAAUCGCACACAAAUUUCAGUUUAAGGGUUGAAACUAGGGUUUUUUCUUCAGAAUAAUUUGACUGAAACUAUUGUUGUUGUUUCAGGCAGUGAAGGACUUUAGGGUUUUUUUUGAGCUGAACGGAUGGCUAGCGAGACUCGGUCUGGGAGGAAAAAUAAGCAUACUGAGAGCAAUAAAUCAAAGAACAAACAAUCAGAUAAAGGAUCAAUAAGUUCUGGCUCCGGAAAGACAGAUAGCUUAAGAAAGUCAGUUCGAGAAACGAAGCAAGCAGAUUCAAUCCCAUCGAGUACAAGGAAAUCCGAGCGUCUUGAAAAGCAGUUACCAUCCAUGCCAGCUGUUAAGAAGAAAUCUGGAGUAAUUGAGAAACAGAAUACUCCGAGCCCUUUAAGAAGGUCUGACAGGGGCAAGAAAGAUAUCCCAUCUAGUUUGUCAAGAUCAAGUUAUGUAGGAAGAGGACCCGAUUCAUCUAGUGUCAAGAAGAAGGAACCAAAAGAGAAAAGUGUGAAGGAGCUGAUAAUGGAUUUUGAAAGUGUUAGCACUGGGAGGGAAAAUGGUGCAACUUCUGUAGGCUUGAAAAGGAAGAUAAUGGAUGCCCGGAGUUAUAAGGCAUUGUUCAAAAUGCAAAGAAAGAGAUCUACUGCAGCAGAAAUUAUUGACAAGUUGGAAAGACCAAAGAAGUCAUCAAGAGUUGAUAGCAUUGCCAGUGAUGAGACUGGCUCCAAGCUAAUCAAUGGGGAUAAUGAAUCUCAUGAAAGAGUUGUAGAAGAGUUGAAAGAACAUCCUGAUGGGGUUGCUUCUUCAAGGUCCAUUUCUAGCUCAGAAGCGUCUGAUGCAGAUGCUUCGGUAAAUGAUGUUGAGAAAUUGCCAGAUUCAAACCGCAGAUGCUGCUCUAGGGGAAAAUCUGCUGCUCUUCCUGCAGAAAAUGGUUUUGAAGUAUCUAAAAAUGGUUGCACUGUGGGAGAAAUUUCUGGUGAUUCCGAAAGGGUACCAGAGGGUUGCUCUGUGACUGAGGAUAAUUUGCAUAUCCCUGAUUUUUCAUGUUCCACUUCUACAGGUGGUGAUAUUAUUCUGAAAAGUGGUGAACUAGGCAUUGGUAAAUGUUCUGAAACGCAUAAACAUGCAUGCGACUUGGCUGAAGUUUCUCCUCCACCACUAGCUGACCAUGAAAAGCUUGGUUAUGGUGGGACUUGUGCUUCAUGCUCUAGACGGAUAAGGGUAAAUCAUGACUCUCCAGAAGAGGAGCUGUGCUCGUGUGCUGGAAUGUCAGGCAGGGAUUGCUAUAACCUAUCUAGGCUCAAGGAUGGAGUUGGUUCUGAAGCUGCAAUUCCUUUGGAUUCUGGAGAAGGAUGCCAUAUGCAAUUAAAUCAGGCACUUUCAGUUUCUCAAAGGGGUGCUGAUGAAAAAAUGUGCACCAUAUGCAAACAAGGUGGAGAGAUACUGAUCUGUGAUGGAAGAGGUUGCAAGAGAUGCUACCACCUCUCUUGCUUAGAUCCUCCAUUAGAUGAUUUCCCACCAGGAGCUUGGCAUUGUACCUGGUGUGUCAAGAAAAAGAUUGAAUCUGGUGUACAUUCAGUGACGGAAGGAGUAGAAUCAAUCCGGGAUGUCAGAGAAGUGGAAGUUGCAGGAAUGCAUAGGCAGAAGCAGUAUCUUGUUAAAUACCAGGGUCUUGCUCAUGCACACAAUCAUUGGGUUGCAGAGACACAAUUGCUUAUUGAUGCACCAUUGCUUAUUGCAAACUAUAAUCAUAAGAAUCAGGAUGUGAGGUGGAACUCAGAGUGGACAGUGCCACAUCGUCUCUUGAAGAAAAGAUCAUUGAUGUUCUCCAAGCUGCAUGGUCAAGAUGCAGAUGAUAAUAGCAAAUGCCUGUUUGAGUGGCUUGUGAAAUGGCAGGGCCUUGAUUAUGAGUAUGCUACAUGGGAAUUAGGGAAUGCUAAUUUACUGAACUCACAGCAUGGUGAAAGCCUUAUCAAGGAUUUCAAUAUUCGCCGCGAAAAGGCAAAACGAAGAAUUGACAAGAAUCAUAAGGGGCCACUUGUCAAACUAUCAGAACUUUCUGCUGGAGGUUCACAUAUAACAGAUUCUAAUCUGCUGAACAAUGUUAACAAGCUGCGGGAGUGUUGGUUGAAGUGCCAGAACACUGCUGUCUUUGAUGACCAGGAUCGUAUAAUGAAGAUGGUUUUAUUUAUUCUAUCUAUGUCUGAUGUCUGCUGUCCUUUCCUUAUUGUCACAACUUCAAGUUUGCUUUCCCAAUGGGAAGCUGAAUUUAGACGAUGGGCACCAAGUAUUGAUGUUGUAGUGUACAGUGGAAGCAGAGAUUCUAGAAGGAGAAUCAAGUCAUUGGAGUUCUAUGACGAAGGGGGUUUCAUGAUGCUGCAAGUGCUUUUAUCAUCUCUGGAAGCCGUCAUUGAGGAUGUAGAAAUGUUGAGCGGUUUGAAUUGGGAAGUGACUGUUAUUGAUGACUGCCAAAACUUAGGAAUUUCUACUGGUGUGGAGCAAAUUAAAAUGCUUUCUACUGGUAUAAGGGUGCUUCUCUUUAAUGGUCCAAUGAAGAUCACCUCAUCUGAGUACAUUAAUCUACUCUCUUUGCUCCAAUGUAAAUUUGGUUUGGACAAGACUGGUGGCUUGGCAUCUGACAUCAAUGACCAUCUUGGAAAACUGAAAGGACUCUCAAAGGUCACUGCACCUUGCAGCAAGCCUGAAUCUUCCAAGUUUGUGGAGUACUGGGUUCCUGUUCAGAUGUCUGACUUGCAGCUUGAGCAAUAUUGUGCUACAUUACUCACAAAUUCUAAUGCUCUUCGCACUUUCUAUAAAAGUGAUCCUGUUGGGGCUCUCCGCGAUACUCUUCUCUCUGUGCGAAAGUGUUGUGAUCAUCCAUAUAUUCUGGAUCCAUUCCUGCAACCCUUCAAUAAGGGGCUUUCUCCUGCUGAAAUUCUUGAAGUAGGAAUAAAAGCAAGUGGAAAACUACAUCUCCUUGACAAGAUGCUCUCAGAGAUGAGGCCCCGACAGCACAGAGUGGUUGUCCUUUUUCAGUCUAUUGCUGGUUCCGAGGCAUCAAUUGGUGAUAUUCUGGAUGAUUUUCUGCGUCAAAGAUUUGGUGAAAACUCUUAUGAAAGAGUUGAGACGUGUGUUAUUCAUUCCAAGAAACAAGCUUCUCUUAACAGGUUUAACGACAAGAAAAGUGGGCGCUUUGUUCUUUUAUUAGAGAAUCGUGUUUGCCAUCAAACCAUUAAACUGUUGUCAGUUGAUAGUGUUAUUAUAUAUGAUAGUGACACAAAUCCCACGAAUGAUUUGAGACAACUCCAGAAACUGUCAAUAGAUUCGCAGUCUAAGCACACAUAUGUUUUCCGGCUGUAUUCAAGUUUUACUGUAGAAGAAAAAGCCCUAUUUCUUGCUAAACAGGACCUGAAUCUUGAUAGUAACUUGCAUAUCUUAAGUCGGAGCCCCAAUGACACCCUUAUGUGGGGAGCCUCAAAUUUGUUCAAUAGAUUGGAUGAGUACCACUCUGGAGGCAGUCCGACCUCAAUUUCAAAUAACUCAUCAGGACAGUUGCGUUUAGAUGAUGUUAUUAGCGAGUUCUCUGCAAUAAUUUGUAAAAACUCUGACUACAAGGACACAUGCCAUUCCAUUAUUUCAAAAGUUCAAAUGAGCAUGGGAACUUACAGUGCUAAUAUCCCGCUGCUUGGUGAGAAAAAAAUGGAGUUGAAAGUUGGAGAAGAACCUCAUGUUUUUUGGAGAAAGCUGUUGGAGGGAAGAAAUCCACAGUGGAGAAAUUUAAGCAUUGCAACCGCAAGGAACAGAAAGAGAGUUCAAUACUUUGAUAAAUCCCCAGAUCCACCUAAUGGAAAUGAUGAUAUAGGAAAGAAGCGCAGGAAGGCGGUAAUGAACCAUAGUGUGGAUGCAAACCCCACUCACCCCACACCUGAAAGAGGUGAAGUUGCAGCUUUCAAAGGAGGUGUUCAUGAAAAUGAUGGUAUUGGUGCGAAGCAUGUUUCUAGGUCUCCGUCUCAUGUCUUGCAUGAUGUAAACCUUGUUGGGCGGCCUGAAGGAGGAGUCAUACAGCAGAAAAGCCUUCAUAUCCAUCUGAAAGCUGAGUUUGCAAAACUGUUUGAAGUGCUAAAACUUCCGGACGAUGUCAAACAUACUGUAGAAAAGUUUCUGGAAUAUGUCAUGGAGAAUCAUCAUGUUAGUAGGGAAUCUGCAACAAUUUUACAGGCUUUCCAGUUAUCUCUGUGUUGGGUUGCAGCUUCAAUCUUAAAGCAAAAAAUUGACAAAGAGGAGACAUUCUUGCUAGCAAAGCAGCACUUACAGUUCGGAUGCACCGAGGAAGAGGUAAACGGUGUUUAUCUGAAGAUCCGUUCCUUGAAAAAGAUGUUCAUGCAGCGGUUGGAUCAAAAUGAUAAUGCUUCAAGUUCUUCUAAGUCUUCUUUAUUAGCUGCGCGAUCUGUUCCAGAAGAGCCAUCGAAGGGAAGCAUGUCACAAGCUGUAGAAUCUUCCCAGCUAAAUGUGGAAAAUGAAAUGGAUGAAAGAUUUAAAGUUAAAAACUUAUCCAUGGAAUGCAUUGUCACACCUAAAGAAGAACUUGUGGAUAUUGAAAGGGAAAAAUUCAUUAAGGAGGUCCAGUAUAGAUGUGACAGGCGAAUGUCAAAGCUGGUACAGAAGCAAAAGGAGGAAAUCAAAGAGUUCCAGAAAAUAUGGGAGAAGAAGAAGGAAGAGCUUGAGCUGGAUUACAGAGUGAAUUUUUCUGUUCUUCGGUCUAUCUUUGGUCAGAAUGCUGCAAUAAAGGAUAAACAAAAAAUAUUAGAAACUGAAUUUUCAAGCAAAAUGCAAGAGCUCAAAUGCCGCAAGGACCAGCAGCUUAAAGAGCUUGAGGUAGAACACACUGCUAUGAGGAACAAGGAAAUGCUAAAGGCUGCUUAUUGGUUGGCGGAAGCAAAUUCCUUUAGGGGCGUUGGAUCUAAUCCUAUAGAUGACAUAGGGUGCUCUCAGGAAAAUGUAAAUGCCUCUCACAAUCGUCCCAAGACUGUUCACCCUGUAUCUGGACAACAUGUUGAGGAACUGAAUGGUAAUAUUGUGGAUAGCAUGCAGUGUGACAUGGUAGCAUCUGAACUACCUACAUCUACUUCUGAUGAGUCAAAUAUUCUUCCUAUUGAAACUACAGAUGUUUUAGCAACACCAGCAACAGAAGAGCAAGUUGAGAUUGCAUCCAUGGCUGGAGUGUUGGUUGCUAGAUCGGAGAAGCCUAAUGAAGUAGGUUAUUUAGGUGGUGGUUCAGAGGAAAUUGGAGCAUUUGGUGCUACAUCUAAUCAGCCUAAUGAAGUAGGUGACCCAGAUGUGCCUGCAUCUACUUCCAAUGAGUCAAUUAUUCUUCCUGUUGAAACUUCAAAUGUUUUAACAACGGCAGCAAUGGAGGAGCAAGUUGAGAUCGCUUCCACGGCUGAAGCAUUGGUUGCUAGAUCCAAACAGCCUAAUGAAGUAGGUGAUUCAGGUGGUAUUUCAGAGGAAAUUGGAGCAUUGGUUGCUACAUCCAAGGAGCCUAAUGAAGUAGGUGAUUUAGGUGGUAGUUCAGAGGAAAUUGGAGCUUUGGUUGCUGCAUCCAAACAGCCUAAUGAAGUAGGUGAUCCAGAUGUACCUGCAUCUACCUCUAAUGAGUCAAAUAUUCGUCCUAUUGGAACUACAAAUGCUAUAGCAGCACCAGCAGCAGAGGAGCAAGUUGAGAUUGCGUCCACGGCUGGAGCGUUGGUUGCUAGAUACGAGAAGCCUAAUGAAGUAGGUGAUUCAGGUGGUGGUCCGGAGGAAAUUGCUUCUGUGUUUCCUCUUCAUUCCGAAGAACAUACUGAAGUUCCACUAGAGCAUCCACCUAGAGAGCAUUUGUUGGAAGUAUCUGGAACGGGUGUUAAUGUAGUUGUGGAGAAUGAUCAUUCAGAAGUAAAUAAUGUUAUUGAAGAAUUGAAUACAGAACAUGGUAGUCUGGAAAAUAAUUCUCAUUUACCAAAUGAUGAAGAAAACUCGAGAGAUGCAGUUAGCUCCAUUGAUAGAAAACAAAUUUCUCUUGAGGAAGUGGUAGUGGACUUGCGUUUGGCAGCAGCAGUUCCUACUUCUGAUGGUGGUGGUUCUAUACCUCAAAAUCAAUCUUCAGGAUAUAAUGAAACACUCACUCAUGAGAUGCCACUCCUAGAAAAUCAGAGUGGAACACAAGCUGAUGUUGAUGCUGGGCAAUGUGGACCCAACAGUUCUGAAGCCGUGUUAAUUAAUAGUUCCGAGCAACAACAGCCAGCUUCUGAUGGUUUUUCUCUUGCUGCUCACGAGCCACCAAGCGACACUGCACGUCAAACCCAUGAUGAUGAAAGGAAUUUUAUCCCAAACAUUGGGUCUUCUCGUCAUUUGGAUGGAGAGAUGAUGGAAACUUUGCAGGCUGGUGGUAAUUCGGGAGAGUGUCCAUCUGUUGAUGUUGAGAUGUCGCCUCUGAUCUGUGAUCAGCCUAAUUUAUCAGAAGUCAGUAGAGUGGAUCCUCGACCCAUUUCAGAACAGGGUGCAUCUUCGAAGAGUACUGAAGCUUCUGUUCAAGUGCCAGGUUCCGCUGAGCUUCCUAGUGAAGCAGUCUUGCAACAUAACACUAAUGUUGCCUUCGUCCAAGGACCUAGGAAUAUACCAGUUCAUCCUGCCCAUCAGAUGGCCACUUCGAAUCCAAUUCUUCUUCCUUUCAAUGCUGAUCCUCUACAUAAAGAAUGGGAAAGGAUACAUAAAGAAAGAGAACAAGCCACUAAGAUUCUUGAGGACACGAAAUUGCGUCUGAGAUCUGAUUGCGAGAAGGCGAUAGAGGAAUUGGUUGCACAAAUCCGUAAAAAGUAUGAUCUCAAUCUUCAGGAAACUGAGGCAGCAUUUCUUCGGAAGAAGAAUGAACUUGAUACGAGUCUGAAUAAAGUUCUCAUGAAUAAGCUUUUGGCAGACGCUUUCAGAUGCAAGUGCAUGAAUCUCAAACCUUCGGGGCUUCCAGGCAUCCGUCAAGUUGUGCCUUCUAGUUAUAUGCAGCAUCUACAUCAGGUGUCACAGCAGCCUAGUUUGAGGUCUUCUCCUAUGACUGAUUCGUCUGCAGCUAGCCAGCAAAAUUUAGCCCCAGGUAUUUUGAGAGCUUCUCAUGCCACCAGUUUGUCCUCAGCUGGCCAAGCACAGGUUGGACAGGAGACUUCUGUCCCCUCUUUGCCAGUUAUUAAUCGUUCAGUAAAUUCUGGUGGGAUUCCUCAACCUGCAUUUAGAUCUACACCUGUUACCGGGUUGUCUUUAGCUGGCCAACAAGCACCCAUUCAGCAGACCGCUGCUGUUAGUCGUUCGCCAGCACUUUCUGCUGGAAUUCCUGGCAGGCCGCCUCUCAUCAGUGCAAUUACCCCUUCCACUGGCAAUCUCAGAGUAGCUGGUGAGAUCCGUGCUCCAGCCCCCCAUCUUCAGCCUUUCAGAACUCCUACAUCCAUGUCUACGAGCAGCCCCUCAACCUUGGCACAUGGUUUGCAAAAUCAACCGCUAUCCACUAACAUGGCUGCAUCAUCACCCUCACUUCCCCAACAUGCUUCUCUACAAACAACAUCCUCCCCGUCACAGUUAGCUGCAGAUCUUUCUACUGUGGUACAUCUCUCUAGUUCGCGGAGUAUGAGUUCGCAGCAUGACAUUGGCGGGUUGCCUUCUCCACAAAAUCCGCCUAUGUCUGCACAGGAACUGCUUUUGAAUAUGGAGAAUCGACCUCAUGCAAACAGGCGGAACAUUAUGCCACCUCUACCAGAUAUGAGCUCUGACUUCGAUUCAUUGGACCUAUCCGACUUUCAAACACUGGAUAGUGUACAGGGAGGUUCUACUUCAGCCAUAGCUACUAAUGUAACUGAUGUUGUUUGUGUGUCUGAUGAUGAAUGACUUGUUGACGAUGAAGUUUAUUUUGUUGUCUGUGGGUCAUCUUUAUCACGUGUUUGUAAAAAUGAAUCAAAAGAAUAAUAAUUUAUAGAGAAAGGUAAAAGGAGGAAGCUUGACAAGAUUACAUGGGCUUGCAUGUCCUUCCUCCUCCUCCCCCUCCCUUCCUCUGGGGUUCCAUGAAUGCAGCUGUAAAUGGUCCGUUCAUCUUUCUGUAUUAUACUAGGGACGGUAUCAUCUGUUCAUGUGUUUCUUUUAUUGUUGUGUUUUUCUUAAUCAAUGUUUGGUUUGCACA